AUGGUGAACAUUACAGAAAAGAUCAAGGAGAUUGAGGACGAGAUGAGGAGGACACAAAAAAACAAAGCCACAGAAUAUCACUUGGGUCUAUUGAAAGGAAAGCUUGCCCGGCUCCGGGCCCAGCUGCUAGAGCCCGGCCCAGGUGCAGGCGGCGGUGGCGGCGCCGGCUUUGACGUCAGCAAGAGCGGCGAUGCACGCAUUUCCCUCGUCGGAUUUCCUUCGGUCGGCAAAUCAACAUUUCUGUCCAAGGUGACGAAGACGAGAUCCGAGGUUGCCGCCUACGCCUUCACCACCCUGACUGCGAUUCCGGGUGUGCUCGAGUAUGGUGGUGCCGAGAUUCAGCUCCUUGAUCUUCCCGGUAUCAUCGAGGGUGCCGCCGAGGGAAAGGGCCGAGGUCGACAGGUCAUCUCGGCGGCCAAGACGAGCGAUUUGAUCCUGAUGGUUCUCGACGCCACCAAGAAGGCCGAGCAGAGAGCGUUGUUGGAGGCUGAACUGGAAGCCGUCGGCAUCCGUCUGAACCGAGAGCCGCCCAACAUCUAUCUGAAGGCGAAGACGGCGGGCGGGAUGAAGAUUACCUUCCAAUCACCUCCCAAGUACUUGGACGAGAAGAUGCUGUACAACAUCUUGCGCGACUACAAGAUCCUGAACUGCGAGGUUCUCAUCCGGGACGAGAACGCGACGGUCGACGACUUCAUCGACGUCAUCAUGAAGGACCAUCGCAAGUACAUCAAGUGCCUCUACGUCUACAACAAGAUCGACAGCGUGUCACUCGACUUCCUCGAUAGCCUGGCGCGCGAGCCGCAGACGGUGGUGAUGAGCUGUGAACUCGACCUCGGCAUCCAGGACGUCGUGGACCGGUGCUGGAAGGAGCUCAAGCUCAUCCGCAUAUACACCAAGAGGAAAGGCGUCGACCCGGACUUUGGCGAAGCGCUGAUUGUGCGAAGCAACAGCACCAUCGAGGACGUCUGCGACCGCAUCCAUCGCAGCAUGAAGGAAACGUUCAAGUACGCGCUCGUGUGGGGAGCCAGCGCCAGGCACAUACCGCAAAGGGUCGGGCUGGGACACCCGGUGGCGGACGAGGAUGUCGUUUACAUGGUGACUGCCUGGAAGGCGUAG